UGACGUCUCCGAAUGUUGUUGUUGGUGGCGGCGGCGAGCGGAGCCGGAGGAGCAGCCGCAAAGAUGGAGGAGCCGUCGAGGAGGCGCUGCCGCUGCUGCUGCCGCCGCUGCUGCCGCCGCCGCCCGCGAAGCCGGAGCUCGAGCCGCAGCGGGGAUGCCGUUCUGAGUGCCUGACUGCCUCACCCCGAAGGAUGGCCUUGGAUGGGCAUUAGAGGCAUUGCGGCCCCGGGCUCCUGUCCCAUCCGUCUGUCUGUUAUCGUCUGUCUCUCUUGACAUCACCGCAGCUCCACCCCCUCCCGUCCCAGCCCCCAGCGCCAGCUUCCUGCAGGCCCAGAGCCGGCAUGAACUCUCCCAACGAGUCGGCAGAUGGCAUGUCAGGCCGGGAACCAUCCUUGGAAAUCCUGCCACGGACUUCUCUGCACAGCAUCCCUGUGGCAGUGGAAGUGAAGCCGGUGCUGCCAGGAGCCAUGCCCAGCUCCAUGGGGGGUGGAGGUGGAGGUAGCCCCAGCCCUGUGGAGCUUCGGGGGGCUCUGGCAGGCCCCAUGGACCCUGCGCUACGGGAGCAGCAACUGCAGCAAGAGCUCCUGGUGCUCAAGCAGCAGCAGCAGCUUCAGAAGCAGCUCUUGUUCGCCGAGUUUCAGAAGCAGCACGACCACCUGACGAGGCAGCAUGAAGUCCAGCUGCAGAAGCACCUCAAGCAGCAGCAGGAGAUGCUGGCGGCUAAGAGGCAGCAGGAGCUGGAGCAGCAGCGGCAGCGGGAGCAGCAGCGGCAGGAGGAGCUGGAGAAGCAGCGGCUGGAGCAGCAGCUGCUCAUCCUACGCAACAAGGAGAAGAGCAAAGAGAGUGCCAUCGCCAGCACCGAGGUAAAGCUGAGGCUCCAGGAAUUCCUCUUGUCGAAGUCAAAGGAGCCCACACCAGGCAGCCUCAACCAUUCCCUCCCACAGCACCCCAAAUGCUGGGGAGCCCACCAUGCUUCUUUGGACCAGAGUUCCCCUCCCCAGAGCGGCCCUCCUGGGACGCCUCCCUCCUACAAACUGCCUUUGCUUGGGCCCUAUGACAGCCGUGAUGACUUCCCCCUCCGCAAAACAGCCUCUGAACCCAACUUAAAAGUCCGUUCGAGGCUAAAACAGAAGGUGGCGGAGAGGAGAAGCAGUCCCCUCCUGCGUCGAAAGGACGGCACUGUUAUUAGUACCUUUAAGAAGAGAGCGGUCGAAAUCACAGGCACAGGGCCUGGGGUGUCGUCCGUGUGUAACAGUGCGCCCGGCUCUGGCCCCAGCUCUCCCAACAGUUCCCACAGCACCAUCGCUGAAAACGGCUUCACUGGCUCAGUCCCCAACAUCCCCACUGAGAUGCUCCCCCAGCACCGGGCCCUCCCUCUGGACAGCUCCCCAAACCAGUUCAGCCUCUACACGUCUCCUUCUCUGCCCAACAUCUCCCUAGGGCUGCAGGCCACGGUCACUGUCACCAACUCACACCUCACCGCCUCCCCGAAGCUGUCGACACAGCAGGAGGCUGAGAGGCAGGCCCUUCAGUCCCUGCGGCAGGGCGGCACACUGACUGGCAAGUUCAUGAGCACAUCGUCCAUCCCCGGCUGCCUGCUGGGCGUGGCGUUGGAGGGCGACACGAGCCCCCACGGGCAUGCCUCCCUGCUGCAGCAUGUUUUGCUGCUGGAACAGGCCCGGCAACAGAGCACGCUCAUAGCUGUGCCACUCCAUGGGCAGUCCCCACUGGUGACGGGUGAACGUGUGGCCACCAGCAUGAGGACGGUGGGCAAGCUCCCGAGGCACCGACCUCUGAGCCGCACUCAGUCCUCCCCGCUGCCGCAGAGUCCCCAGGCCCUGCAGCAGCUGGUUAUGCAGCAGCAGCACCAGCAGUUCCUAGAGAAGCAGAAGCACCAGCAGAUGCAGCUGGGCAAGAUCCUUACCAAGACUGGGGAGCUGCCAAGGCAGCCCACCACCCACCCUGAGGAGACAGAGGAGGAGCUGACAGAGCAGCAGGAGGCCUUGCUGGGGGAGGGGGCCCUGACCAUGCCCCGGGAAGGCUCCACAGAGAGCGAGAGCACCCAGGAAGACCUAGAAGAGGAGGAGGAUGAAGAGGAGGAUGAGGAAGACUGCAUUCACGUCAAGGAUGAGGACGUCGAGAGUGGCCCUGAUGAGGGCCCCGACUUAGAGGAGUCCAGUGCUGGCUACAAAAAGUUGUUCACAGAUGCCCAGCAGCUGCAGCCCCUGCAGGUGUACCAGGCACCCCUCAGCCUGGCCACUGUGCCUCAUCAGGCCCUGGGCCGCACCCAGUCCUCACCUGCUGCUCCUGGGAGCAUGAAGAGCCCCCCAGACCAGCCCACUAAGCACCUCUUCACCACAGGUGUGGUCUAUGACACGUUCAUGCUGAAGCACCAGUGCAUGUGCGGGAAUACACAUGUGCACCCAGAGCACGCCGGCCGCAUCCAGAGCAUCUGGUCCCGGCUGCAGGAAACUGGCCUGCUCAGCAAGUGUGAGCGGAUCCGGGGUCGCAAAGCCACACUGGAUGAGAUCCAGACAGUGCACUCUGAGUACCACACCCUGCUCUAUGGGACCAGCCCCCUCAACCGGCAGAAGCUGGACAGCAAGAAGCUGCUUGGCCCCAUCAGCCAGAAGAUGUACGCCAUGCUGCCUUGUGGGGGCAUUGGGGUGGACAGUGACACUGUGUGGAACGAGAUGCACUCCUCCAGUGCUGUGCGGAUGGCGGUGGGCUGCCUGGUGGAGCUGGCCUUCAAGGUGGCUGCGGGAGAGCUCAAGAAUGGAUUUGCCAUCAUCCGGCCCCCAGGGCAUCAUGCCGAGGAGUCCACAGCCAUGGGAUUCUGCUUCUUCAACUCCGUAGCCAUCACAGCUAAACUCCUGCAGCAGAAGCUGAACGUGGGCAAGGUCCUCAUCGUGGACUGGGACAUUCACCAUGGCAACGGCACCCAGCAAGCAUUCUACAAUGACCCCUCUGUGCUCUACAUCUCCCUGCAUCGCUAUGACAAUGGGAACUUCUUUCCGGGCUCUGGGGCUCCUGAAGAGGUUGGUGGAGGGCCAGGCGUGGGGUACAAUGUUAAUGUGGCGUGGACAGGAGGUGUGGAUCCCCCCAUUGGCGAUGUGGAAUACCUGACAGCCUUCAGGACAGUGGUGAUGCCCAUUGCUCAGGAGUUCUCACCUGACGUCGUCCUAGUCUCCGCUGGGUUUGAUGCUGUCGAAGGACAUCUGUCUCCACUGGGUGGCUAUUCUGUCACCGCCAGAUGUUUCGGCCACCUCACCAGGCAGCUCAUGACACUGGCCGGGGGCCGGGUGGUGCUGGCCCUGGAGGGAGGCCACGACUUGACCGCCAUCUGUGAUGCCUCUGAGGCCUGUGUCUCGGCUCUGCUCAGCGUGGAGCUGCAGCCCUUGGAUGAAGCAGUCUUGCAGCAAAAACCCAGCGUCAAUGCAGUUACCACACUAGAGAAAGUCAUCGAGAUCCAGAGCAAACACUGGAGCUGUGUACAGAGGUUUGCCACUGGUCUAGGCUGCUCUCUGCGGGAGGCUCAGACAGGUGAAACGGAGGAGGCCGAGACUGUGAGCGCCAUGGCCCUGCUUUCCGUGGGGGCUGAGCAGGCCCAGGCUGUUGCCACUCAAGAGCAUAGCCCCAGGCCAGCAGAGGAGCCCAUGGAGCAGGAGCCAACCCUGUGACACCCUGGCCCCCAUUCCUCCGGGCUUCAUCAUUGUGAUUUUGUUUAUUUUUUCUAUUAAAAACAAAAAGUCACACAUUCAACAA